AUGGAUGAGUCGUUUUAUUUUGCUCUACUAAGGAUAUCUAUUGCUCAGAUUUUGAAGGCUAAUGGAUUUGACAAAUGCAAACCUUCAACUUUAAAUGUCAUGACAGACUUAUACUUGCAAACCUUUCAAAAUGCCAUUAGGGAAUCACUCAAGUGCAGCAAUAUGCGAACAAACUCAAACUCACCCGAGUUGCAGGAUAUUACACAAGCUUUGAUCAAUAUAAGCAUUUUUAAAGCGAACGAAGCCACGAAAAUUCACGAUGAGUAUUAUGAAGAGAGUCGGUACAAUACCAAAUCGAUUGAAGCGUUUUAUCAAUGGUGCAAAAAAAGUGAACCUCUUGCUAUAGAGAAAAAGUUGAAUGAGGUCCCCAAUAAUUUGAUAAAAAACUUGAUUGAGAAGAGAAAACUAGAUAUAGAUGAUGGGGAAUCUGAUCUAGCCAAGAGAAAGCGGAAGCAUAAAGAACGUCAGGAAUUUUAUAACCAGUUAAAAUUGAACGACGACCAGAGGCAUAGGGUUGAUGAAGACGAGUUGGACGAGGAUGUAAUAACAGCGAAAGACAAGCUUACUUGGCUCAACUAUUUAAUAGAGAAAGACUUGAAGUUAGGGCAUGAUUUGAAAUUUUUGCAUACAGAUCCGAUUAUAGCUAAGGAGUUUUUGAAAUUUCAAAAUAAUUAUAAAUUUCAUCCAGUGGGUGUAAGAAAUGACAAAGAAACAAAUACUAAUUGGGAUAGAAUCCAAAAUCAUUUAAAGCAUUUGAAUAAAACUGAUCAUAUUGUGGGAGAGGUGUCACCUGAGAAGGUCGCUCCAAAUGAGGGUGAUAGAGACAUAUUGAAAUCAUUGGCUAACGUAAGUUGUCUAUUGCCAUACAACUUAAAGUAUGAUGAAAAUCUUUUGGAAGAGGACUUGACAAAGCUUACUAAGGCAGAAGUAAUACAGAAUGAAGAGGAAGGUAUAAAUGACGAGCAUCGAGCUCCAGAUGACGAAGUGGAACAAACACCUAAUGAGCUGACCUUAAAUGACGGCGAGAUAAAUAAUGAUGGUCUAUUAAUAGAUGAUACUGGAAUAGGGGGUGAAAAUAGCUUAAUAUUUAUGUAA